AUGGCGUCCGUCCGCGGUGGCCGCACCAUCUAUCGUGAUGACGAGGAAGACUCACAUCACCGCUCCUACACAACGAUCAAGCGGUACCAGGUGCCCGAGAACAUUGCCCGUUCCGUUUACCAGGGAAACGAUGAAGUGGACACGAAGAUAGUGAUCAAACGCGGCGAGCGCCGCGCACCUUCUCCCCAGCCGUCGCGAUCCGGUGAAGUCGAAUACCGCGUCACUGAGCGUGUUCGCGAGUGCGAUCCCUCUCCGCGCGAGGAGACAGACUGGCGCUUUACCGAGCGCGUGAUUGAGCGAGAGCGAGCACAUGACUCGCCAGCACGGCGAGACGUUCACUACAGGGUAGUGGAGAGAGACAGUGACGCGCGCAGCCUUGUACGGGUACCGUCACCGCCUUCGCCCGAGCGAGUGACUCGCGAGUUCCGGUUUGAGCGCGAGCGCGACUUCUCACCUCCCCGAGAGCGUCCGUAUGAACUGGAGAAGUACAGCAAAAGCACCGAGUAUUUCGCCCAGCCGCAGCCAAUCAUCAUCCGUGAGUCUGCGCCGGCAGCGCCAAUCAUCAUCCGUGAGGAGCGUCGAGAACCACAGAAGAUCAUCAUCCGUCGUGAGGAGCCACAGUAUGAGUUCAUUGAACGCAAAGAAGUCACGGAGCAGAAAGACGAGAGUCGAUCGCUAGUGAAGAAGGAAGAGUCGCCGCCCCCAUCACCUGCACCAGCGCCCGAACCAGCCCCCAAGCCGGAGGAGGAUUACUUCUACGAGCGCCGCAUCGUGGAGCGCCGGAGACGMAGCGAUAGCUACGACCGUAAGACGGAGAUCCGGCCGCGUGAUAGCGCGUCUCAAUACAGCAGCGAUGACAGCUACGAGUACGUGCGACGCACGACAUACAACGAAGAUGCUGGCAGUCGGAGUCGGAGUCGCAGUCGGAGCCGCAAGCGUGAGCUAGCCGGUGGUGCCCUUGCUGGCGUCGCAGCUGCCGAAGUUUACGGACACCAUCGCAGGCAAAAAGGCGACAAGACGAACCGGGGCCGCAACGCAAUAGGCGGUGCAGCCCUUGGUGCAGCAGGGGUAGAAGCAGCGAGCAGAUUGAAGAAGACCAAGAGUUUGAGCCGCUUUUUCGGAGGAUCCGAAAGCAGAUCUCGUAGCGGAGACCGUGAUCGAGACAGGUAUGAAGAGCGAUACGAUGACCGUUAUGACGAUCGCCGCGAUAGGCGAAAGUACCGCUCCAGAUCCAGGUCUGCGGGUGGCUUCAGCCGCAAGCAAACACUCGGCGGUCUGGCUGCAGUGGCUGCAGUUGGAGCUAUCGCAGGUUACGCUCUCAAAAAUCGCGGGAACAAGGAGACCGUUAUCGUGAACGAAGCACCACCUCACAGGAGCCGCUCGAGAAGACGGCGGCACAGCUAUGACGACACGGAGGUCAUUCGAACAGAAAGCGAAGCCCGCAAUCCUGAUCACCGGAAUCGCAGGAUAGCUCAAGCUGGUCUGGCUUCUGCCGCUGCUGCGGGGAUACUCGACAGAGUUCGUUCGAAAAGCCGGCCCCGUAGCAAAUCGCGCAUUCGAACUGGUGUGCCCAUAGCCGCUGCAGGCCUAGGAGGCGCAGCGCUCGCCGGACUUUACGAGAACAACAAGGCCAACRAGGAGGCCAAGAAAGACGCCAUCAUCGCGGACGAGCUGCACCGCGGAAGAGCUCGGCGCAGCAGGAGCAGGAGUAAGUCGCGUGCGCGCGGUCGCGACGAUGACAGCUACGACGACAGAAGCUAUGACGACAGGAGCUACGACGAACGAAGCAGAGGCGGUCCUGGCAUGAUAGCAUAUGGCAACGACCCGAUCUACCCCGAUUCACGACGUGGUGACUACUAUAGCGACGAAGAACCUGGAAUGUAUCGGCGCCGUGGUGGCAGCAGGUCAAGCAGUCCUGACACAAGACGUGGUCAUAGUCGCGCGCGUAAUCUUGCCGCAGGUGCUGCAGUAGGAGGGGCGGCUGGCGCGGCCGCUCAUGAAUAUGGCAGGCGUCGUGAGCGCAGCAGAGUUGUGAAUGAGAACCGACGCCGCGACGAUGACUAUUACGGCAACAGCCUUCGCGAACAAGAGGAGCCGUACAGUCCACCACCAAUGGGUGGUAAUGGCUUCCAGCAGCCACCUUACCAACAGCAGCAAACUUACCCGUCAAGCCACUACUUCCCACCGCCUCCCACAGGGGAUGUCGCCAGAAAUGACGGAUAUGGAGCGCCAACUUCGUAUCCGACGUAUAAUCCUGCCGAUUAUGCCGGUCAGCCGGCCCAACAACAUCCUUACGAUGCAUCAUACGGCGGUUAUGGGGGUAGUGACGCCAAUAUGGGCCAGCCACAUCAUGGUGAUGCUCACGCCGGCGUUGAUCGUCAGAACGCAUCGCAUGAUAACCCACGAAUCGAUGAACGGAGAGGCAGAUCUCCUGAGAAUGUGAAUGGUAUGAUGACUCCGCGUCAACGUUCGUCCAGUCGCGUGAAGUUCGAUUUGGAAUCAAACACGGCGCAUUUUCCCGAUGCCUCGCGACGAAAAGACGACGCGAAGCGCGGGGACCCAGACAACGAGCGACACAGCGACACGGAAACCAGCGACGACCGAAAGCACCGGAGGAGAAAGCGCAAGGGGAAAGAACGCAACCGCGACGGGCCCAAUUACAAUCGUGACGGCCAACAGGCCUCGCGCGAUCGCUCGCCGUCCGAGGAUUCAGAUGGUACGAUUGAGCUGCCUGACCGCUUUGACGACCAGGGCAACCGCAAAAAUGAAGAUCCGUUGGCACAGAAAAUUAACGAUCUUAUCAACGGACAGGGCGGCGCGGGAGGGAUUUUCAAAGCAUUGCUCGGUGGUGGAAACGACGGAGGUGGGGGUGCUGGUGAAGGCGAGGGAAGGUCUAGCAGGCGGCGGUCUCGCCGUUGA